GCGCGCGCUGGGAAGGAAACCUAUAACCCACAUACUAGACAGCACGCAUCUAGUUAUUUUGCAACUAGAAGACAAGUUAUUUUCAAGUUUUUUUCAAGCUUGACGCCCGUGUUGCUGUUUCUACUUGCGUUCACUACUUCAAGUUAUCAGGGCGGUGAAACCCUGAUCUCCGUCCUGCCGCAAUCCGGCGGGUGUUAAGAUCCAUGGAAGUGGCCGGUUUUUACGAGGGGGACUACCUCGCUUUUCACAGCAAUAACACCAUCAGCAACUCUGUCAGCGACGGCAUAUGCAAGCAGCCCAUUAACGGCUCCAUGACGAAGCUUCAUGACCUCUCUGAGCACGAGAAAGCCAUAGACAUCAGCAUUUAUUUGGACCAGUACCAUCACCUGCCCAAUCAAGACGAAAGCCGGCACCGGGUGGGAAUCUACAACGACUUUCUUUCGGAGGAAAACAAGAACAAGAGAGCGUUACAAAACUACAAGAACUACAUCUCGCUGACCGACCGGGACACGAACCAGCUGACCUAUUCUGAGCUGCAAGAGACGCGCGUAGACGCAGUGUUCAGUCCGGACUUUUUGGGCAGUUUUGGCAAAAGUAACUGGCGACACGAUCUCAACGAAGACCGCCAAAUGGAUGGUUCCGGAGGUUUUGACAUGCGCUCGUAUCUGCAGUACCAGAACGCUCCCAGCGGUAGCCUGGGUAAUAUUUCCACCGCGUCCUCCUCCUGCUCAAGCCCGCCAGGUACACCUGCGCCGCCAGGUAAAGGGAGAUCACCUCAGCCGGGCGGCAAAAUGGCCUCCGGUGGGAAAGGAAAGAAGAGGCUGGAAAAGGAUAGCGACGAGUACAGACAGCGGCGCGAGAGAAACAAUCUCGCCGUGCGCAAAAGCAGGGACAAAGCCAAAAUACGCAACAUGGAGACGCAGCACAAAGUGCUCGAGCUGGCGGCCGAGAACGACCGGUUACAGAAGCGCGUGGAACAGCUGUCCCGGGAGUUGGCGACGCUGCGCAACCUGCUCUCCGCUACUGGCCAGUGCUGACGGAACUCUGGCGUGCUCGAGGAACACGUACACAGACACGGACUGUCAAAAGACUUUAAAGAGAGCAGAUUUUACAAAAAAGUCGCCUGUGAUAGAUAAAAACGAGCAAUUGCUCGUUCAAUGCGUUUACAACCGAGAGAUAAACAUGAAACUGGACUGUGCGCCUGGAUUGCGCAAUAUCUCCACCGUGUGCUUGGUAAUCUGGAAAGCCUGUCAUGUAUUUCGUCUGUAAAGUAUUUUUGUACGGGUUUAAAAGUGAGAUAUCUGUUUAAUAUUCUGUUAUUUAAAUUCAUUUCGCCAUAUCUGGGGCAGUGGUUGUCAGGGGAAGAGUUUUACUGCAGAGGUAUGAUGCAACUCAUUGUAACAGUAUUGGUAACGCAGUGAAGUAGUCUUAUAAAGACGAUAAAGGUACACUGUUCUACUGCUAUAUAAUAUUUUAUUGAAUUAAAUAAUUUUUACGCUA